GGCUGUUCUCUCCCCUUCAGCGUUUUCACCACCGCGAGAGAGAGGGAGAGAUUGAUUGACGGAAAACGAAGAUCGCAAAGAAACCGGCGGUGAUUGUUUCUCUGCUAUUUAUUUUGCGAAGAAGAAUCAUCAUAGCGUCUGAGCACUCUUUUGUUCACCUGCUUUUUGGUCUGUGGAUCUGGUGUUGCAAACCCUAAUCAGGUUAUUCGACUUUGUUCGUGGCGUUUUCGCCUUUUGUCUUCCUACGGUUCUUUAGCCUGAAGGGCUUAGAGGGAAGGAAGGAGGGAGCUGAGGUGUUCUCUGUAAUUAUUUUCUUCCUCCUGGUUGCCGAUGCUAUUGGCUGUUUUUUCAUGCCGCCGGAAGCUUCGACCUGGGAUCGGAAGGAUCUUUUCAAGCAGAAGAAGAAUGAGAGGUUGGAUGCCCUAGGCUCGGUUGUUAGAUGGAGGGACUCUCAUCAUGGAUCUCGCGACUUUGUUCGAUGGGGAUCGGACGAGUUUCGCCGCCCUCAAGGUCAUGGUAAGCAGGGUGGUUACCAGCUCUUUUCCGAAGAUUCCGAUUAUGGAUGUACGAUUUUGCGGUCCAGCGAGAGAAUAGCAGACGAUGAUACCUGCAGGUUUCCUGCGUCCCGUGCCGAGGCAAAAUACGGGCGGAACAGCAGGGAAAAUAAAGGAUUUUUGAGCCAGAAGGACUGGAAAGGACAUAUUUCGGAGAGGGACACCGAUGGAACUUUUAGCUCGUCAGGCAGGCAGCAUGAGAUAAGUGCUCAGAGGUCAGUCGACGAUUUGUUAACAUACGCAUCUCACCCUCAUUCUGACAAUGAAAACUCGUCGUUGGAUCUACUCAACUACAAAGAUCACCAUGAUAAAAUGGGUGGUGUCGAUGGCUUGGGCACAGGCUACAGAUAUGACAAAGAUCACUCGUUUGGCUCGAUCACCUGGAAGCCCCUGAAAUGGACCCGUUCUGGUAGCCUGUCAUCACGUGGCUCUGGUUUCAGCCACUCGAGUAGCAGUAGGAGCAUCACAGCCGAUUCAGUGGAAAUGGAGCCCGAGUUACAGAACGGGAAAGUACCUUCAGCUCGUAUACCUUCUGGGGAUGCUUCUGCUGUUGUAAACACUGCUGCUCCUUUUGAAGAUUCAUGUCUCAGGAAGAAGCAGCGACUUGGAUGGGGCCAGGGGCUGGCAAAGUAUGAGAAGGCGAAAGUUGAAGGUCCUGAUGAGACUAUUGGCAAAGGUGGAUUGAUUCCAUGUUCAAACAACAAUAGAAUUGCGCAUGGUCCUGGUCCAAGCCUGUCCGACAAAAGCCCAAGAAUCACGGGUCUAUCAGAAUGUGCCUCUCCUGCUACUCCGUCUUCUGUUGCAUGCAGUUCAUCACCAGGGGUGGAUGACAAAUCGUAUGAUAAGGUGGUAGAUAUUGAUAAUGAUAUGUGUAAUUUAAGUGAUUCACCAGCUCAAGGAUUUCAGAAUUGCCUGGAGGAGUUCUCUGUUAGUCUAGAGAAUUUGGAGCUCAGUCCCUUGAAUAAUUUAACCUCCAUUCUUGCUGAUCUGGUACAAGCUGAGGAUGCAAGCUCUGGUGACUCUUGUUUCGUGAGAUCAACUGCCACAAAUAAGUUGCUGCUAUUAAAAAGUAAUAUUUUGAAGGCGAUUGAGAAGACUGAAUAUGAAAUUGAUUUGUUUGACAAUGAGCUCAAAUCCUUGAAUUCUGAAUUGGUAAUUGGUGGUUCUUGUUUGAGAGGGCCUGAUUCUUUACAAGUGAUCAGUGCCCCCAAACAUUGUAAAAAAGUAUGUGAUGCAUCUAAUGUAUUGCCAACAUCAGCUCCCCUGCAGGUAGCUUCUUCUGGAGAUGUCCUCAAGGAGAAGCCGAUGAUUCACAAUGAUACCUUGUUAGAUGUAUGUGCCGGAGUUGGGGAUAUGGAUAUUGAAAGUCCAGGAACUUCUACGUCCAAGUUUGUGGAACUGCCAUCCGCGGAAAAUCCAGACUCUUCUGCAGAACUGUCAAAGAAUGAGGAAUCUUCUAUAGUUUUAGAAGUAGUCAGCUCAACAACUGCUGGUGGACAAUGUUUAUUAUCCUCUGAUGAGAAAAAGCUAGCAACAAGUGUAUCUGGGGCGGAGGAAGCAAAUCACCUUGAAAUCAAUACCAAUGCUCAGAUUUCCAAUGACUUGAGCCCAUAUAGUGGCACAGAAUGUAAAUUGCUUUCUUCAAUAUUUACAUCCAAUAAAGAUACUGCGAGAAAAGCUUUUGAAGUAUUUAAUAAAUUAUUGCCCUCUGAGGCUGAGCAACAUCAAGUUGAUAUUUGGGGAGCCAGUUGUGCCUUUUCCCUGCAGAACAGGGUGCUUGUUAAGGAGAAACUUGCAACAAGGAAAUGUUUCCUAAGAUUCAAGGAGCGAAUUCUUACCCUGAAGUUUCGGGCAUUUCAGCACUUAUGGAAGGAAGACAUGUGUUUACUUUCAAGGAGGAAGAGCCGGCCGAAGUCGCAGAGGCGGUUUGAAUUGAGCUCACGAGUGUCGCAUAAUGGGCACCAGAAAAAUCGAUCAUCUAUCCGGUCUCGGUUUACUUCACCUGGUAAUUUGACAUUGGUUCCUACCACAGAGAUAAUGGAUUUUGCCAGCAAGCUGCUGUCAGAUUCCCAAAUCAAGCUCUAUAGAAAUAGUCUGAAGAUGCCUGCUUUAAUCUUGGAUGAGAAAGAGAGGAGGCUUUCAAGGUUCGUUACCACAAAUGGAUUAGUUGAGGAUCCCUGUGCUGUUGAGAAGGAAAAGUCAAUGAUCAACCCAUGGACUUCUAAGGAGAAGGAAAUUUUCAUGGAGGUGCUUGCUAUGUUUGGGAAGGACUUCAGAAAAAUUGCAUCUUUUCUUGAGCACAAGACUACUGCUGAUUGCAUUGAGUUCUACUACAAAAACCAGAAAUCAGAAAGCUUUGAUAAAAUAAAGAAAAAACUGGAGCUGAGAAAGCAAGAAAGAAGUUACCCUACCAAUACUUACAUGGUGACAUCAGGAAAGAAAUGGAAUCGAGAGGUUAAUGCCGCUUCCCUUGAUAUGUUAGGAGCAGCUUCUGUGAUAGCAGCUCAAGCGGAUGAAAGCAUGAAGGCUCAUCAGACUUGUGGGGGAAAGUUGUCUUGGGUGGGUUUUCAUGGCUACAAAACUUCUCGUGGUGAUGAUUCUGCCGUGGAAGGGUCGACCAGUGUCGGUAUUCUUGCAAAUGAGAAAGAAGCUGCAGCUGCUGAUGUGUUAACCGGAAUAUGUGGUGCUCUAUCAUCUGAGGCAAUGAGCUCUUGUGUUACAAGUUCUGUUGACCCAGGAGAGGGUUGUCAAGAGUGGAAGAGCCAGAAGCUUAGCUACAGAAACAGUCGACCUUUGACACCUGAGGUUAUGCAGCUUGUUGACGAUGAGGAAACCUGUUCAGACGAUAGCUGUGGGGAGUUGGAUUCAAUUGAUUGGACAGAUGAUGAGAAGUCCAUUUUCAUCGAGGCACUGAGAAUGUAUGGUAAGGAUUUUGCAAAGAUCUCCCGUUGUAUGGGGACAAGGUCACGUGAUCAGUGCAAAAUCUUCUUUAGCAAGUCUUGGAAGUGUCUUGGCCUGGAUGUGAUUCAUCCUGGUCCAAGCAUUGAUGGAAUGCCAGUGAGUGAUACCAAUGGAGGAAUGAGUGACACUGAAGAUGCUUGUAUCGUGGAGAUGGAGUCUGCCAUUUGCAGCACUCAAUCAUCAUCCAGGAUGGAUGUGGACUUUCCAUUCGAUAUGGAAGCAUCGGCAAAUGUAGGGAUAACUAACUUGCCGGCUGAUAUGGACGGGCUUAUUGAUAAAAAAUGUAUGGGGCUACCAGAACAUGAAGGUUCUGAGAAGGGUUUGGGAGUCGUUGCUGAAGAUGUUCUGGCCGUGCCAAAAUGUGGUUUUGAUGGUGACAUCAAGUUGAUGGAACAGGUGGAAGACAAGGUAGGUGCUGCUCAAGGUGUUACAUUGGCCGAUGAUGCUGUAAAAGUAGAGGCUGCAUUGAGUUCUGAACAGCCUGUGGAGAUUCAUGGAAGUCUUGUUUUUACUGCUGAGAUAGAACAUGGAAAAGAAUCCACUCAGCCAAGUAUUGCUCCUGUGGAUGAACCUGUAAGUGCUGAAGGACCAAAGGGAACUGAAGGGUUGAGAUUGAACUGUGCAAUUGAGCUCCAUGCUAAACCACAUGCUGCUGCCGAGCAUUUGAUGUGCUCAGAAAUAACACACACCACAGUGUCUGAAAAUGGUCUAGAUGAUAGAAAUAAUGCCAAGAGUAGUGCAGAUACAAAUAGCAAUACCAGUACUUUAUGUUGCUUUCCACCAGAUUCUGCAAUUAGUAAAGCUUCUGGCAGUGUAGCUGAUAGAAGAAAUUUGCCUGGUUUUAGCUCAACUUCCAACGUACAGCAUCAGGUCUCUUUGGAGCUUCUUCCAUCUGUUCAUAAUCCUCAGAUUAUAUCAUGGCCACAGAAGGGGAACUGUCCUGUGUCUGCUAGUUUAGCAUUACAGGAUUCUUCUGUUAUCCAUAGUGAGGAUCAUACCAUGCAGCCAAUACCCCCACCAUCAUCAACUCUUAAUGUUGAGGAGGAGCAGGGAAACAAGCAGCAACUGAAAUCUUCAAAUACAGAUGCCUACCAUCAGUAUCUUUUGGGACAGUCCUUGAAUCAGGUUGCCGCCUCACAGAUUCUCAGAGGCUAUCCUCUCCGUGUGUUGAACAAGAAAGAGAUGAAUGCGGAUAUAGACAGCAAAAGCAGUGGGAAGUCCUCUGUAGUUCAUAGUUUCUCGAAGAUGAACAGUGAUCAACAUUCCCAUCAGUAUUUUGUGCAGGACUCGUAUAAUGAGAAGUGUACCAGUUCAAUGCUUCCCCACUCAGUGGCUGAGCUCCCUCUUCUGCCCAGAUCUCGAGAACAGUCAAGUGAUCAUCCCAGACCCCAUUCUUUGAGUAGUAGCCCAGAAACAGUGGAAAGCUCACGUAGGACUGGUGAUGUCAAAUUGUUUGGUCAAAUUCUUAGUCAUCCCUCGACUUUGCAGAAGCUAAAUCCCACCGCCAGUUACAAUGGUGAUGACAGGGGGAUGUCUCCUGAAACUAGUGGCAGGGCAUUUAACUUAAAAUUCACUCCAGAUCAAGGGAUUGAGAGUGCUUCAGUUAUGUCCAAGGUUGAUCCUAGCAAGUAUUCAGGCUUGGAUGAUUUCCCCAUGAGGAGUUAUGGUUUUUGGGAUGGGAACAGGAUACAGACUGGCCUGUCAUCUUUACCAGAUUCUGCCAUCUUAUUGGCGAAGUAUCCAGCAGCAUUCGGAGACUUUUCAACAUCCUCACACAGGGUUGAACAGCAGCCACCACCAAUUAUGAAGAGGAAUGACCGGAACUUGGGCUGUGUGUCUGUUUUCCCGAGUAAAGAUGUGAGCAGUGAUUUUCAAGUUUACAGGACUUGCGAUGGGACAAAAGUGCAGCCAUUCACGGUAGACAUGAAGCGCCAUGAUGUGUUUUCGGAGAUUCAGAAACGGAAUGGAUAUGAAGGCGUGGCGGGUUUUCAAACACAAGGGAGAGUUGUUGGAAUGAAUGUUGUAGGGGGAGGUAUACUGGUUGGAGGAGGAAGUUGUACAGGGGUUUCAGACCCAGUUGCAGCCAUACAAAUGCAUUAUGCCACUGCUGAAAGGUAUGGUGGUGGGCAGGCUGGAAGCAUGAGAGAGGAAGAAUCUUGGAGACGGGGAGGGGACAUAGGCAGGUAGUAGAAGAAAGAUACGCAGCAACAAGCAAUAGGAAGGUAUGUUGGUUAAAGAAGGGACAAUUUCUUGGGUCCUUGGUUGCUCUGAAGAAAGUUAAAUUCUUUUUUUGUGGGGGCCGCUUUGUACAAUAUUUUUGUAAAACCUCAAAUGGAACGAAAGGGAAAAUAUGGGUUACUUGGAA